AUGACUAUAUAUAUCUGCAAAAGUCUCAUCUCACUCUCUCUCAAGAAUUCUUCAAAUCUCAACAAAACCCCAAUCUCUCUUUUCUCUCUCCUGUUCUUCUCUUCCUCUCCAAAAAGCCCCAAUGCGGUGGCUGAUUACUUGAUUGAGAGACACAAAUUUUCUCCUGAAACUGCUGCGAAAGUCUCUUCCUCUACAAGAAGCCCCAUUCUGAAAAGGCCUGAAAAGAUCGAUUUGAUUCUGUCAUUUCUCGAGGAAAGUGGUUUUUCGGAUACCAAUCUCGAGCGUGUUAUCAAACACGUGCCUCAACUUCUCUCUGCAAAUCUUGAGCGCAGCAUCAAGCCCAAAAUCAAGAUUUUUCAAGACUUGGGUAUUUCUUCUAGCGAUGUUGUGAAAAUUGUUUCGUCUCACCCACGGAUUCUAACUGGUAGCGUUGAGAAUCGGUUUGGGCCGUCGAUUUUAGCAUUGAAGAGUGUUUUGGGUUCGAAUAUGGAUUUGUCUAGGGUUUUAAAGAGAUCUGGGUCGGUUUUGACGAAUGAUUUAGCGAAAACUAUGAUACCCAAUGUUGAAUUUAUGAAGAGUUGUGGUAUUAGUUCGUCGCAAAUAACCCAAAAUGUCUAUAAUUUCCCAAGAAUUUUCUUGCAUAAACCGACGAGGAUUAGAGAAAUUGUCAAGAGGGUUGAUGAGAUGGGCGUUGACAGGAAGUCUAAGAUGUUUGUUCAUGCUAUUCGGGUUAUUAAUUCGAUGACUAAAGAGAAAUGGGAGUUGAAAUUGGAGGUGUUUAAGAGUUUGGGGUUUUCGGAAGAUGACAUUUUGUCAGAUUUUAGGAGACAGCCUCAGGUGUUUGCUGUGUCCGAGAGGAAAAUUAAGACGAUCACACAGCUUUUGCUUAGCACGGGCAAAUGUGAUAUCUCAUUUGUUGUUAAUCACCCAUUCUUACUUACUCUCAGUGUUGAGAAUAGGCUUAAGCCACGGCUAAGAGUUCUGGAGUUUUUGGAAAGCAGGAAUUUUCCUCUUAAAAAGCUGAAUUUGUCGACUAUAUGCAAGAUGACUGAUAAGAAAUUCUUUGAAAAAUAUGUGGAUUUUGAGUCGGGAGGUGGAGAUUUUGGCCCUCCGGUGGUGGAGCACUUGGUGGACGAUUUUGAGAAUCCGGUGGAGGAGCAAUAUUUGGCGGAGGAUUAA